GUACAAUGAUUUGCAGCAUCUGGCACCACAGGACACGUUGCCCUCCACCACUACAAUCCCAAAGCCAACUGCAACAUCUGCCUUGCACUCGACACUAGCACAGACUUGCUUUUCACUAUGUUUUGCAGAGAAUUGCAUACUGUUCAUGAUUCUCAUGUUUCAAGGCUUGGAUCUCAUGGACCCGUCUUCUCGCAUGUUGAACUGGCGUUUCUCUCUUUUCCUUCUUCUAUCCACAAUCCUCCUGCUUGUACCAAUCUCGUUCAGCUUCGCAUUGACUCUUCACUCUGACACUUCCACCCGCUCUCAAACCCGCUUUAUUUUCAUACGAAUCGCUCUCGUUCUGCUACCAGUUGGAUUAUUCCUCUCUCUCCUAUCCUACAUCCCGCUCCCUGCUGCUCUCUCUUCUUACAGUCCUCUCUCAGCAGUCACCUGUCGACUCGUCGUCCUCGGAACCACUAUCCUCGGUUUGCUCUCAGGCCUCGGUGCAGUCAGUGGUGCCUGGGGAGUGCUUGGUCGCCAAGCCCCGCUAUCUUCUGCUUCAUCUAUUGCCACUGCUGAGCAUGCAUUAGACCGAGUUAGGACUGACUUGG